AUGGCACCAGCACGCUCUUCCGCACACCGCGCUCGCCGCGACCAAGCCCACCAUGCACCUCCACCGCACAAUAUAUCUCCUCCCCUCGACGAGCAGAACUCUGCGGAUGGCUUGUUCCUCGACCCGCUCAUGGGCACGCCGCUCGCUAUAUACGUGGAAAAGGACGUUGAGAACCGGGAUCAAGUCAUCGAGCUUGUUUUGCAACAUGGCGGUAUCGUGUCCCCCAGUUAUAGCGGUGUAUCAUAUAUUCUAGUCGACCCACACAAGGAGUCCGGGCAGAGUCUGUACCGCCAAUAUGUGGGCAAGAAGGGAAAACUCGUGCUCAGCGCGCAAUGGGUCAUCCGGUGUGUCGAGGCUGGUGCACUGCAAACCUAUCACACCAACUUUGGCGGUUGUAAAGUGACAGGGACUGAAACAGUGGGCUCUAUACCUCAACCUCCCCCUCCUCUGACGGAGGCGGGGCCUUCGGUGCAGCACAUGUCGCAGCCCCUGCCGAGUAUGGUGCACCAGGUGCCGGAGCAAGUCGCGCAACAGCCGCCACCUCCAUCUCAACACCCCCCGCAAUCGCAACCUGGAACAUCGUCUCAACCACAACAGCCGCCACAACCUCAUACUCAGCAUAUAGCGCACGCUCAUCCCGCCCCCCAGCAAGGUCACCCUGUCCCGCCGCCUCCAGGCAUGCAUAUGCCCCAUCCAGGUCAUAUAGUUCCCCACCAGGGACCUUUCCCUUACCCCGUGUACGGUGCACCGAUGCAGCCGCCAACAUCCGGUCCACCUCAGACAUGGCAAGCAGCGAACGGCAUCGCCCCUGCUCAGACGCAUAUUGCCCCCCCUCCGCCGCCUCCCCCUCCGGGCCAACCAGAACAUGCCAUGAUGGAGCGUCAUCCAGGUUAUGCAGAGGACCAGCAAGCCUGGAAUCAGGCGUAUCAGCACAUGCCCCCGCCGCCCGGCAUGGUACCACCACCUCCGCCUGAAUACGCUUACAGGUAUCGGGAGGAUCAGCCUGCUAACUGGGUUCCGGAGGGGUAUUACGGCCAACACUAUGAGCAGCCUUACACCGAGGCACCGGAUCAAUACAUGGAAGAGGCUGGACCUUCCAAUUCGAACGAGGAGCCGUCUACCGCAGAGCAGCCGACCGAGAAGCCUCGGGGACGAAGACGCACUAAGACGCAGCCGCAACCUGCACCACCUGCUUCUACCCUGGUGGCAAACCGUCGCAACCCUCCUGCACGGUCGCCGACUCCGCCUUCGCGUGUCAUCAAGAGCACUUACGGAGGCAACCUCUUUACGUCUGACGACAUUCUGUACCUGAAGCGUUAUAUCGAUUAUUGCCAGGAGCAGGGUCUUGUUCUCAGUUUGCGUGAGAUCUGCGAGCGAAUAGCCAUCAAGGCACCACACCACACAUUUUACUCUUGGCGUCGUUAUUGCAACAAGCACAAGAUUCGACUCGGAGGGUAUGCAAUGGACUUCGGUGACGACGGAGAAGAGCCGAUGGUGCCGGAACCCCCAGAACCGGAGCCUGGUCCCAGUAUCCAGAACGAAGGGCAGGAGGAACUACCGCCGCCCGUCAGUCACGGACCUGGCGCUAUAGCUGCGGCAUAUCGUGUCGUCGCUGCGGACGUCCACCGCACACGGUCACCAACGCCUCCUCGGGCGUUGUACAGGAGUACGACGGGUAAGGGUGUGGCGUUCACCGACGAGGACGUCGUUUUCUUGGUACGCUUCCUGGAGUAUCGAAGUCGACAACACGAUGGCAAGCUGGACAUGGUCGUAUUCUGGAAAGACGUUGCUAUAAAGGCACCUCACCAUUCGCGAGCAUCCUGGAUGAAGUUCUACAGGCGACACAAACAUGAGCUGCACCACACAGCCGGUGAUGAACCAUUACCUGCCCCGCCAGAGAAGAAGAUGCGUUACAGCCGUCAGGACGACGUUCUCCUCGCCAAGCACUUCAUCACCAAACCCGAGGGCACCUCCGACAAGAUCUUCCAGAACUUCGCUCGACUGAACCCACAUCAUCCAUGGAAGGGAUGGCAGGAACACCACCGCAUCCACAAGGCGAAGAUCGACCAUCUCAUGCAGCGACUCUCUCAAGGCGAGAAUAUUGAUGACGACCCGGACGAGUAGCCGAUCUUUGCCUCGGCGCCGUUUCUUGGAACUCUGCUUGCGAUCACCGUUAAUCAUCUUGUGAUGGACCUUACGAACAUCAUGUUCGCCCGUUAUUGGCUGCAAUAUUAUAUUCAUGCCAUGCUUGCC